AUGAAUAUAUUACCGCAUAAGAGUUAUCACGUAUAUAAUAUAAAGAAUCGAGAGAAAGUUAGAAAAGAUGAAGAAAAAGCAAGACAAGAUUCCGAGGCUAAAGCCGAGAGAGCACUCUUAGCGGAGCGAGAACAUCGACUUAAUCUUCUUAGACAACGUGCUAAACAAAGAAACGAAGGUGUAAUUACAUCAGAGACAACUAUAACAGCAAUAGAUAAUAAUAAUCCACUUGAAUCAUCGACCGAGAAGUUAUUGGUCGCAUCUUCUUCAGCCGAAACAUCUUUAUCUUCAAUAGUGAAAAAUGCUAUUCAGAAGCAAGUAGAAGAAACUGCUAUAGUAUCAAAGAGUAACGAUAAUACAGAAGGGCAUAUCAAUUUUUGGGCUGAACUGGAAGAAAAUAGUUUGAAGCAAAAAGUAUUGACUAACCCUGAAUAUGAGGCUGAAAAGAAGGCCAAGGAAGAUAAAUGGGAAAGGACAAUUACCAUGUAUCUUGAUGAUGUUUCUAAAGAUUUAAAACCAUGGUACAAUUCAUUAUCAUUGUCAGAUGCGCGAAAACUAGAAGAGGAAAAAGAAAAAUUGAAAAAAUGUAAAGAAGAUAAAUUUAAAUUACGCAAUGAUCCUUUGACUUCAAUCAAUCAUCUUAUCGACAAGAAAUCUCAAAAGAAAAAAACUAUUGAGGGUUUAAAGAAAUAUUGUUCUAUUGUAAAGGGAAUUGAAUCGUCUUCUGAAUCGUCAAAUGAUCCAAUGAAAAAAAUAGAAUUACUUCGUGCCCAGCGAAUACAAAGAGAGCGCCAAGAACGCUUAAAAGUUCGACAACUUCUAAAUCCAAACGCUACUAGUAAUAAUGAAGAAACAAAAAGUUAUAAUUCACAAUAUAACCCGGAAGCCACUGAUGCUGCUCAUCACUUUUCUGGAGGCGAUAGAUAUUCGGAUUAUCGAGAUAGGGACAGACAUUCCGAAAUCCGACAUACAGAUUUUCGGCAUUCAGAUUAUCGACAUUCUGAGCGUCGGCAUUCUGAUAGAUAUUCUGAGCGUCGACAUUCAGAUAGAUAUUCUGAGCGCCGCCAUUAUAGUAGACAUAAACCAUAUCCAUAA